UAAUUAGCAAGCUGGCACUACCUGCGGAAGGUGAACCAGGCUCGUGGAGGAGAGGCGCGGAGGCUAAUGGCGGCCACUGGACUAGCUAACCGCUAACGCGAAAUAUAUCAAAUAUCACCGCAGCUACGUAACGGAAAACACGUUAGAAGGCUUUAAAAGAGCGCGUGCAGUUGAAACUGUGCUUUUCCGUUGAUGCCACCGUGCCGCGUUAACCGCUAAUAACCGUUAACAUCUGCGCCAUGUCAGAAAAGGCUCCUCUUCUACAUUACAGACUCACCGCCAGCGCCAGUCCCGGGCCGAAAGAUGGGUCCAAACACGUCGGGGCCAAGGAGGGCAGAGACGGUCGACGGACCAAGGACAAGACCACCCGAAAGCUCGGAGUAAUGUUCGGAGUGGUCAUACCCACUUUACUGUCCAUGUUUAGCGUCGUCGUGUUCCUGCGAAUUGGAUUUGUUGUGGGUCAAGCAGGGCUGUACCAGUCCAUUGCUAUGUUCAUAGUGGCCUACUUUAUCAUCACAAUGACUGUGCUCUCUGUCUGUGCCAUAUCCACCAAUGGGGCUUUAGACGCUGGAGGUGCCUACUACAUGAUAAGUCGAGCCCUGGGUCCAGAGUUUGGGGGCAGCAUUGGGAUCAUGUUUUUCUUUGCCAAUGUCUGCGGCAGUGCUCUCUAUGUUUUGGGUUUGGUUGAAGCCAUCAUGUCUACCUUUGGCAUAUCAGAAGAGGGUGCUGCUGGUGCCCAUCAGGUGUUGCCCUCAGGAUACUGGUGGUCUUUGCUGUAUGGUACUGUUCUGCUCUUCCUGUGCUUCAUUGUCUGCUUGGUGGGAGCCCACAUCUAUGCCAAAGCCACCUUUAUUAUUGUCAUCAUAGUCACAGUGGUUUUGUCUACUAUCUUCAUCAAUUUCUUCAUUGUGGGGCCAUUUGUGGUGAUUCUGCCAGAUAAUUCUGGUCUGAACAGUACUGAUCUGAGCACUGCCAAUUAUACUGGCUUCCAGCUGCAUACCUUGGAGGGGAACCUAUUGCCCAGAUACACAGUAGACUACACAACUGGUGCCAUGAUGAAUUUUGCCACAGUGUUUGCUGUCAUGUUCAAUGGCUGCACUGGGAUCAUGGCAGGCUCCAACAUGUCAGGUGAUCUGAAAAACCCCAGCUAUUCCAUCCCAAGAGGAACGCUCGCAGCUGUUGUUACAACUUUCAUCACAUACAAUCUACUUAGUCUGCUGGCUGCGUGGACCUGUGACCGUCACCUCCUCCAAAAAGACUACAGUUUCCUGGGAGACAUCAGUGUAUGGCCGCCACUGGUGACAAUCGGGAUUUACUCCUCCACCAUUUCUGCUGCCAUGAGUAACCUGAUUGGAGCCUCCAGGGUCCUGUAUGCCCUCUCCAAAGACAGCCUGUUUGGUGGUGUCCUGGCUCCGGCGAGGAAAACUUCUCAGAGUGGGAACCCCUGGGCCUCGGUGCUCAUCUCCUGGUUGCUUGUACAGGUGGUGCUGUUUGCUGGUAAAUUGAACACCAUUGCGGGUAUUGUAACCAUUUUCUUCUUGUUGGUCUAUGCUGCUGUGAACCUGGCCUGUUUGGCUCUUGAAUGGGCUUCUGCACCAAACUUCAGACCCGCAUUCCGCUGUUUUACAUGGCAUACCUGCAUUCUGGGCAUGCUUGGCUGCCUGAUCAUGAUGUUCCUGAUCAGUGCUAUUUAUGCAUUUGCCAGCAUUGCCUUUAUGCUGCUGCUCUUGAUGCUUAUCCACUACCUCAGUCCCAUGAGCAACUGGGGCUACAUCAGCCAGGCUCUCAUCUUCCACCAGGUGCGCAAGUACCUGUUGAGAUUGGAUGUUCGCAAGGACCACGUGAAGUUCUGGAGGCCCCAGCUGCUGCUGAUGGUGGCAAACCCUCGCAGCUGUACAGGUCUUAUGACUUUCAUUAAUGACCUGAAGAAGAGUGGCCUCUAUGUACUGGGACAUGUAAAGCUGGGUUUACUGGAUGGGUUGCCCUCUGAUCCUCUGCAGAGCCGGUAUGACUCAUGGCUGUCUCUGGUGGAUCAUCUAAACAUCAAGGCAUUUGUCAACCUGACCCUGGCAGACUCUGUCCGACAUGGAGUUCAGAACCUUCUUUUCAUCACAGGCUUUGGUGGAAUGAGGCCAAACACCCUUGUCUUGGGUUUCUAUGAUGAUUGCACCCCUCAAGAUGACCUCCAAGGUAAAAUUCUCCUGUCUACAGGCUUUGGCAUGGAUGCAGGUUCUCCAUCCAUAGACCCCCGAGAGCAGAGGUCACCCUUCUUCCCAAAUGUGCGGGGUGCUGAGGAACUCAAAGACCUUCAGGAAGAAGAAUAUGUGUCUGUGAUUGCUGACGCUGUAAAAAUGGGGAAGAAUGUGACACUGGCUCGUUACUUCAACCAGUUUAACCGAGAGCAGGUCUUGGGUUCAGGAAGAAAGAUUGGGGGCCACAGAAGCACGAUGGGGCCAUUCGUUGACGUGUGGCCUCUAAAUCUGCUUCGACCAGACAGCCGGGGUUACGUUGACAUCUGCUCACUGUUCCUACUGCAGUUGGCCUGCGUGCUUCAAGAGACCCGUGCCUGGAGCCAGGCAAGACUUCGCCUGUUCCUGUGUGUUGAGGCUGGUUGCACUCUGAAGGAAGCGGAGGAGAAGAAGCUGCGGGUGAUGUUAAAGGAGCUCAGGAUUUCAGCUCAGGUGGAGAUGGUGGCUUGGGACCAGGUGGUGGCGCUGCACUGGCAGAGACGAGGCAGAAGAGAGAGAGAUCUGGUAGAGUCUGCACAGAAUGAGGACAGGGGGGAGAAACUAGAGGCGGAGAUAGCUGAGAAGGAAGAUGGUAUCCAAAUGUUUCCCAAUAAUGCUGCUCAUCUAACAGAUGAUUAUAUCUGUGCUGUCAACAAUCUGAUUCGCAGACAUGGCGCCCCACAGCCUGCUGUGCGCUUCCUGUAUUUGCCGCGGCCACCGGCAGACACAGGCCGUUACUGUGCCUAUCUGCACCAGGUGGAUGUGUUGAGUCGAGACCUGGGUCCAACAUUGCUCGUUCACGGGGUCACUCCUGUGGUCACUACUGACCUCUAAAAUUUUCAGCUUCAUCAGCAUCCUUGAUUUGGUCUUAUUGGUAUGGGGCAGUUGCUACCAGUUUAUUCACCUGAUAUUUGAGCUGUCAACCACAACAUCAGACCUGGCACUGACACCACAACAAACCAGUUUUUUACUAGUCAUACACACAUUAAGCAGUUAAACGAUUCUUUUUUUCCCCUUUAUACUAUUAAAACACUUGGGGGAAAUGGAUUUGAUGAACUCAAGUUUACUUGUUAGAUAUUGGAAAUUGUAGGCUGUUGGUUUUAGGCUAUUGAGUCAUCACUUGGAGAUGUGCCUGUAUUGGCACAAUGAUGUAUAAUUUGCAUAUUUUGUGGGAUGAUAGGAGGACAGUCCCUCGCUGUCUACUCAUUGUGAAAAUCAGAGUAUUAGGCCCAUGCCUUUGAUGAAAUACUGUGACCAUAUGGGGAUGGCUCUUGAACAUUGUUGAUUUUUGUACAAGUUAAUAGAAAAAUUAAUUAAAUGAAUGAUUGUAUUACUUCAGA